UAAGAAGCUGCUCUGCCACCAAAAAAUAGAGCACUGUCAGCUUUCGUCCAAAUGCUGCGAGCAGGGGUUCCGUCGGACCAUCUCAUGUACCCUUUUCUUUUCAAGGCUUUGUCCCGCCUCUUCAAGCUGAAACUCGGCCUCUCGGUCCCCGCUGGCACGACAAAGACUGGGUACGAUUCUGAUAGGUUUGUAGCAAAUUCCAUGGUCCAUAUGUAUGCGUCCUGUAAGGAUAUAGUUCAUGCACGUAUGGUGUUCGACGAAAUUCACGUGAAGUAUCUAGUCUCGUGGAACUCAAUGGUGGACGGGUACGCUAAGUGCGGAAACAUGGGUUUGGCGCGCAAGGUGUUUGAUUCAAUGCCUGAGAGAGAUGUCGUCUCGUGGAGCUCCUUGAUCGAUGGGUAUGUUAAAGCAGGGGGAUACAAGGAAGCCAUGGUGAUGUUUGAGAAGAUGCCGGAGGUUACCUAAACGAAAGCCCAUGAGGUGACCAUGGUGAGCAUUCUGAGUGCUUGUGCCACUUGGGCAAGCUCGAGAAAGGCAGGGUGAUGCAUCACUACAUCACCCACAACUCCUUGCUCAAGACUCUUGUCAUGCAAACUUCUCUCAUCGUUUCUAAAUGGUCGUUGCCCGUUGGAGAGAGGAAGAGAUGCCAGCGUUCCAUACUUGUCUGAUCGUUUCUAAAUUGACGGGUUGAGAGGAAUUGACUGGCUGCGGCGAAUGGAAGGAAUGCCGCUGUCGGGCCGGAAGUUGUGUUCUGGUGGUGGUGAGGUUGGGUCGGGUACGGUUGGGGGUGUGUAGAAAAGAAAUUAGAUUAUUUUAUUUUUUAAUGAAUGUAAUAAUGAGGGGGAAAAUAUAAUUUUUUAUUUUUAAUAAUUUUUAAUUGCCACGUCAAAAAUUUCACAGUCAACUAUGAAAGUUGACUGUCACGUAAGCUGGAGUUAACGGAAAUGGACGGAGAGUGACCAAACUUGAACCAUUUAACUAAUUUGAGUGACCAAGAUUGAAUUUAAAUAUUUUCAGUGACCAAACAUGAAUGUUUUUUGUAAUUUCAGUGACCAACCAUACAAUUAACCCGUUAUUGCAUGGUCAUGCUGGAGGUUUACGUUGCAAAGAAAAAGGGGUUUUAGUUGGUUUUCCAUGAAAGCCCAAAUUUUGGCUAAGGAAAAUAUCGAUACGCAUUCAACGAAAAAUAUAUAUAGAUACGUGGUUUGAUAAGCCAAUGCGUUGCUUGGAUGGCAUCGCCAUGUUCAACUACUUAGUCCAUAAUUUCUAUGCACUAAGUAGUUGGGAGGCAUUUGUUUACACCAUAAAAUUUGUCUUAUAUCACAUUGGUGAGUUACAAGAUAAUCAAUGCAGUUAUAAGGCCACUUAAUUAUAACAAUGAACGUUGUUUAAGUUUGGCCUUAGGAUAUUUAUUUUAAGCCGAAGCCACUAAGUCUUGAGAGGGACGUUCCCCUUCAAUGAGAAGGGUCAUGUCCGUUUAAAAGCUAGAGGGACAUGCCGCCUCAAUGAGGAGGGCUAUGUCCGUCUAAAAAUCGAGGAGCACAAGCCUCCCCACGACCAAGACCGAAUGACUGAAAAAUAAACUAAGCAUGAUAGGUACAUGCCUCUUCAAGGAGAAGCACAUGUCACUUUAACGAAAAGGAACAUGUCCAUCUAGAAUCUAUAAGCACAUGCCAUCUCUAAAAAAGAGAAAAAAUGACUAAGUCUGAUAGGUCCAUGCCGCGUCACGAGAAGGGGCAUGGACGCGAGACAAGAUGUCCUAGACACGAUUGAAAAAUGUUAAGUAUGAGAAGGUCAUGCCAUGUCACGAGAAGGACCACGAUUAUGACUUAGAAGUAUGGUCGCUAAUGAAGAGGCCAUACCGCCUCAUGACCAAGUUUGACCGACCUAAAAAUAUUCUAAGUCUGGGAAGGACAUGUCGCUUCACGAGGGAGGCCAUGUGCAUGAUUGAGAGGUCCAUGACCGUGUCACAAGAAGGCCAAGGACAUGAGUAAGAAGUCCAUGUCCGCCUAGCAAGAGGAUCAUGACCCCCUUUUGUGAGACACCACAUGCUUAUCAAAAGAUUGGCAUGACACGAGAUUUUGAACAAGACGAGGCGAGGCAGGCUACAAGAUCCACGACGAUUCUAAGAGAGGCACCUAGGCGGUUGAAGGAGUAACCACCACUCCAAGGGAGCAGGGAGCAGUUCUUUUUGGGAGUUAUCCAAGAGGCGGUUUUCUACCAAAGAAGGGGGAGUGGUUCUUGGUAGCAGUUAUCAAACAAGCGGUUUUUUACGGUGGUUACCUCCUCAUGGCUAUAAAUAGGAGGAAGGUUCGACAUAGAGAAGGGCCCAAAACGAACACUCAGACACACAUGUCAAGUUUAUCCUUUACCUUUUCUCUAUCAUGUAGCCAUAGAAGUAGUUCAUAGUUUGGAGCUAUCACUGAACCUCCAUAGGAGUAGGAGUCACUUAAUUUAGUUUUCAUUCCCAAAAACCAUCGAUCAAACACCCUCGUUCGAACUUUGUUUGAAGAGGUGUGAGCCAUGUCUUAGAAAUCGUUGUCCAAAGAAGUCAAAGGUGCAAUCAAUUAUCUUCAGCGCAAGUUUUCUCGUCAGAAAACAGCGCCAAAUGCGCCAGCAAAGAACGUCAAGGAACACCUUUGAGCACCAAUCUUUCGGAUUGUCCGAGUGGCGAAAAAGGCCAAGAACUUAUGGUAUUUGUGAUAUCACGAGUCUCAACAGUAAUCCUUACAAUACAAACGCAACUAUCUUCUGCCAAACGAUCAUAGAGUAUCUGCAAAACUAUUUAAAUAGAAACCAAACAAAUAUGAUUUGGAAGCCAAGUGACACAGUAGGAGAAAAUUGAUUGUCAUCUAGCAAAAAGAAUCUUUUAAAAACGUUCACGUUCGUUCAGCUUCAUAUCUGACAUCAUCUCCUUCAGAUUGUUCAAAUCUCAAUUAUGGAUUUUAACACUGUUGAGGCAUUUAUCAAGCUUCAUCUAUCAGUCGAUCAAUUUUGCAAGGGUGAUUGCUAUCAAUUUUAGUAAGUGGUUCACAAUUAAAUAUCUUCCACCAACUUGAGUUAUUGUAAACAACUUAUUAUUAACCGUUUGUACCAUAUCACAAAUUGACGAUAAAAAAUGGAUAAGUUUUGUUGUCACGAGAGGUGACAAAACACCUAAUGCUAAUUUUUUUAUGAAUGUGAUGAACUAUAUUAAAUGAGAAAGCAAACAGUCAAGGUGCAGCGCUCCACAAGCAGUGAGAGCGAACAAACAAAGAGAAAAAAAAAGAACAGAACGAGGGGAAGACAGAACAAAGAUCAGAGAAACAACUCAAACCAAAAAUCAAGCAGUAGCAACACGCCCCAUUCAUAACCUGGAACCAACACCAAGCUGCCCGCCAGUGAGCCCUGAACACAAAAGCAAGCUAGGAAAACAAGGGCAACUCAACACCUACCAAACCAAAACCUACCCAGACUAAGCUCCAUCACUUGCUACAUUGGACACCCUCCUGGCAGAGCUCCAAUCCCUGUACCAUUGAACACAUUGAUCCUUACCCGCCUUGCCAUUAGCCGCAAUCCACUCAAGGGCAGCUCUGAUAAUCUUCCCGGAAAUAACGUACGCGGGACAACUAUCUUGUUGGAAAGUCCUCUGGAUCCUCUCCUUCCACACCGACCAGCAAACAUCGUGAAGGACACACUAGAUGAAGCCCCUCUGAUCCCAUCAAUCGAUCCAUUCGGCCAGUUAUUUUUGUGCUCAUUCACACCAUUUGGUACAUAUUCAGGUAAUACUAUGCUUAUUCGCGUAAAAGUGUACAUGUUCUCCUGUUCUUGUGUGGGCUUCGCCCGCUUUCGUUGUAUAUGUUUGGCUUUAAUGAGAAGAGACAACUGAUUCAACGGGGGAAAAAAAUAUUGACUAUAUUUUAUGGAAUUAAAAUUCUCCAUUGAUCUGUAAACAUGUGUUGCAUUGAUCAUAAUCUACACAAUGACAUCUAUUUCGAUAUAUUUCAAUGUUUAAAAUUUGAUUUUACAAUGGCGUGAAUAAAUAACAAUUUGGUGAAUAAACACCAGGUUGUGUGACCAAACAAUACUGGUUGCGUGAAUAAUCAAUACUCUCACAUGUAUAACGCCAAUAUAGCGUGAAUAAGCUCAAAUUUACGUUAAUAACUAAAAAAUGCGUGAAUUAUAUGUUUUGUCUCUAGAGAGGUGAGAAGAGACUUCUCUCUGAAAAAACUAUAUGUUUGGUAGAUGAGGACUGAGCGUGGAAGCCAAACCAAAACCAACCAACCCAUUGAUCUCUCGUUGUUCAAGCUUGUGUUUAAGCCAUGGAUUUUCAUAAUCUCGAAAGAGACAGCUACGUAAUUUAAUUGAAGUUGUAUCUCAGGUGUCAAAAGUCAAAACCAUGUGGACCAAGGGAGAGAAGGUUAAAAAUAAUAGAGAUUUGACAUCUAAGAAAGGGAGAAAUGGACUAAUAUCAGGGCGGACUAUAAAACAAAAACAUAGAUACAACGAAUCCUUAUCUUUAGAAUUGAGUGUUUUAUAUGAGACACAAUAACUCACCAUGUCCUUAUCAGUGUCGUUUGGAUGGAUCAUUUGUGAAUAUGGUAUUUGUAAAGUGAAACAACUCAUUUAUUGUUAAUGUGGUAUUUUUGUGGUAUUUGUAUGAAAGAUGAGAUAAAUAAUCUUGUUUGGCUAAACCAAUAUUUGAAUGUGGUAUGUGAUGGUAAAAACCAAUAUCGCCCUCUUCACCAUCUUCUCUCCUUCAUUCCCAGAAACAUGUCCCUACCCAAUUGCAUGCCCCCAUUUUGUUCAUCCAUGGCUGCUGCAAAAUUAAAUCUCACAAGAGCAAAACAUAAGACAAGUCUAUGCAUCACCCACCGCCACUGAAUUGAUUUCCUAAUUGUUGUCAAUUUCCCCCCAAAGCCAACACCCAUCGGAAACAAUAAUCAACUCGACAUUUCCAAAUACAUGCAGAGGCAAAAUUAGCAAGAAGAACAGGGGUGGAGGAUAGCAUAGAGGGAGAACAGUAGGGGAUUGAAGAAAUCCGGCGACAGUCGUCAUGAUUCCUGGCCGGUCUUUAAAUCCGAAAACUAAUUCCUCUCUCCUAUCUCGUUUCUGUGUCGUCGUCGUCUCUAUCCAUGUCGUCCUCGCCACCGUCAAUGAAGCUCGCCACACUCUGAGAAACAUAGAGAAACCUGCGAGAGAACCCAGUGUUGCCGUCGCCAUCGCAUCCUCGUCGCCGCCGCCUCGUCGCAGAAGAAGAUCAUCGUUCGUCGCCGCCGAUUAACUUUCCUUCCACUUUGUUCUUCGCAACCUAAGCUUAUGCAUACUCUAUCUUAUCUGCACGAAGAGGAGAAUCCAAAAGUAGCAACGAAAUCAAUUUUGGCUCAAUUGAUUUUGGCUCCACAAAGGAGAAUCAAAGGGUCGAAGAAAAAAGAAAGAAGAAGUGAGGAGAGAGUUGGACUGGAAGAAAUAGAAAAAGCAGGGACAGAGUUGGGAUGAGAAAAGCGUUGAACAAGUUAUUUUCAAAUAACAUCUCCCUAUGUGGUAUUUAGAAUACUGCGUUUAUGGGUUAUUCUCAAAUAACGCGACCCACAAUACCACAUCAGCCAAAUCAAUUGCCAAACAAGUUAUUUUAGUCCAAAUAACUCAUUUAAAACACUCAUCCAAACGACCCCUUAAGUAUGGGAAGUUAUUUGUCUCAUAUGUGUAAAGAUGUCCAGUCUUUAGCCAAUUGUUUAAUUUAUGAUACUUUCAAUGAUUGAGGAAGUAGUAACGCGCCAACACUCUUGGAGGGAAGCAUCACAAAUAGGGUAGCAUUUUUUUAUGGGUAAUAGUUUGACUUAUUAAAGGUGAACCAUCAUUAGUGAUGACAAUGAGGCGGGGCGGGGCGGGGCGGGUACCUCAAUAUUCAUGCCCGCCUCACGCUAGUAUGGGUCGGGGCGAGUAAUACCCGCGCGGGAACGGGGCGGGGCGGGUCGACCCACUCUUACAUGUUAUUUGAGAAAAAUACACGCAUAAUUUUACU